UUAACCUAAACAAAAUUUGUUUGUCAUUUUCUUCCUAUUUAUCCAAAGAAUACUAUUGUAGUGGUUUUCUGAGGCAGGAGAGUUUGCAUAGAGUUAAAGAAAGUACGGGAACUCAUUGAUAACCAUGUCUGCGGAUGACUGCACUUCCUUCGUUCCCAUUGAACCGAAACAGGAAGAGGAAAUCACCGAGUCCAUGCAGGAGGACGAUUUUAUAAGCAAUGAAGUUUUGCAAAAUAUAAAGGAGGAAAGUACGGACAAUGGUAACGAGGAGGAGGGCGAACUUUUCUUGAACGGUAAGCAAAUCCUGGUGGUAUGUGACGAAUUAGUCGAAGAGGACGACUCGACGGUGAUGUGCCAUUGUGAGUGCGUUAAUUCGAAAGAAUCCCCAAGUGGACCAUAUUAUUACACUGCGUUGGUGAAGAAUGGACGAAGUACUUCGAAAAUGUAUCAUUGCAGUCUGUGCUCUUAUUCAACAAAAUUCAAAGCAAAUCAGACUAAAAAACAUGGUUUGACACACACAUCAACAAGAGCCCCGAAAUGUGAUCAUUGCAAUUACUCGACGAAUAAUCGGCACAAUUUAAACCAGCACCUUCCGACUCAUGGAAUUUUUAAAGAAUUCAUUUGCUCCGUUUGCAAUUACAAAGCGAAGAACGCCAAAGAUCUAAAACGGCACGUCUCAGACACUAAAGGUGCAAGGGAAUUCAAGUGUUUCCAUUGCUGCUACGUCACAAAAAUUAGGCACCGUCUUGCACGCCAUCUUCUGACUCAUCGAACAAACCUGACUUUUAAAUGUGAACAGUGUAGUUAUGCAACAAGUAACAAGGACCAAUUCGUGCAGCAUGUCGCAUCGCACCAAAGCUCCGGAAAGACGAAAUGUCCUCACUGCGAUUAUGUAACCUACAAGCAGCCUCAUUUAAAAAGACACCUUUUAAAUCACAAAGCGUCUGUGGAUUUCAAAUGUUCUCAAUGUAAGUAUACCACAAAUAUCGAGACCAAUUUCAAAACUCACCUUAAAACGCAUUCUGCUAAAAACUUGAAAUGUGAAUUGUGCGAUUAUGUAACAAACGUUAAAGGGCAGUUGAGACGACACCACAAACAACACCAUCAAACUUUCAAGGACUACGAGUGUCCCCAUUGUGAUUAUUCGACAAAUCUUAAGCAUCAUAUCACACAGCACGUCAAAAUACACACCGUAACUUCGAAAAGUUUAAAAUGUGAUCAGUGCGAUUAUGCCACGAAUAAUAAGGGACAUUUAAAGCGACACGGGCUAAGACACUCCAGCUCCAAGGACUUUAAAUGCACCCAUUGUAAUUACGAGACGAAUAACAAGGAGUAUUUAACUCGUCACUUACGACAUCACAAAGCUUCAAUCGAUUUCAGAUGUGCACAUUGCGAUUAUGCCACGAAUAUUAAACAGUGCUUUAGGCAGCAUGUCUCGACGCACAACGUUGCGGAAGAUCUAUACUGCGACAAGUGCAGUUAUAAGACGACGAAUUGGAGAUACCUAAAGAACCAUCUUCGACGUCACACCCGUUCUGACAUCUUAAAAUGUGCUCGGUGCGAUUUCACGACAGUUAUCGAAGAGCGUCUGAAACGUCACAUCUUAAUACACGACACUUCGAAAUCGUGGCACUGUGAACUUUGCAGUUAUAAAACGAACGUCGAGUCGUACUUUAACAAACAUCUGCUAAACCAUAAAAGCAUAUUCAAAUGUUCCCAUUGCUAUUACAGGACCCACUUGGAAAAGUAUUUAAAACGGCAUCUUCAAAAUCACGCCGCGCAUUCCAGGAAUUUCAGUUGUCUGCAUUGCGAUUACUCGACGCCAGUGAAACACUCUCUGAUAAAACACAUCGUCAAUCAUAGGGGGAUGGAAGAUGUUAAAUGUGACAAGUGUGAUUACGUAACGCAUAACAAAGGCAGUUUGAAACGCCACAUCCUAAAAAAUCACACUGAUUCAAAGCACUUUCGCUGUUUUCAUUGUGAUUAUAUCACGAAGAGUAGAUACUAUCUCAUAAGUCAUCUCCCGAGCCACAAGUCCAAAGAAUUUAAAUGUGAACAGUGCAAUUAUCAAACGUAUAACAAGAGAAAUUUGCAGAGUCAUGUCUUGAAACACACAAAUAAAAAUGUGUUUAAAUGUGAUCAUUGUGAUUAUACUACAUCAUGGAAGAGGCAUUUACCAAGACAUCUACUAAAGCACCAGUGAGGGUUUGGAACAUGUCUUCCACUGGUUAUCCCACACGCAAGUACAUAGCUUUAUUUUAUUUGUGAGUGGACGGGGUUUCAGCCAAGGCUGCUGUACCAACCCAACCCACUAUAAGUAUGCCAGGACCCGGAUUCGAACCAGGGAUCCCUAGUACCACAGUCCAGCUUCAACUGAACUGCGCCACACGGGCCGGCCUUCCAUAUCUAUAUUUCUUACUUAUAAAUAUAAAUAAACAUAAAUGGCUUCA